CAGCAGUCCAGUUCGAGCGAACCGAUUAAAUAACGUUACGUAAAAUAUUAGUAUUUAUUGUUAUGAACAUUUCUGUUUCAAGCGUACGUUAUACAUCAUCUCCGCCGUGGCGUGAUGACGUAUUUCCGGCCGAGCGUCAGACGGUGGAUGGAGGAAUAACAGCGAGCGAAACAUACAGCCGUGUGUAUCAGCGAUGGCCGCACCGUUUGUUCCGGUACCGGUGCCCAUAGACAGAGCUCCGCGGGCGGACAGUAAGGCCCGGCGGCCGCAGAGGGCAGCGUCUGUGGGCAGCGACUCCUCGGUCCCGGACAGAUGCUUCACUCCGGCGUGCCAGAGUCCCGUCACCCGCGCCAGGCUCAACGGCACCGAGCGCUCGGUGGAAUACUCCAGCUACCCACAACCAGACGGCCUGCCGGAGAGCCCGGGACAGGGCUGGGAGGAGCGGCCCAUCACGCCCACCGUCCUGGGGUACGAGGUGAUGGAGGAGAGGGCCAAAUUCACAGUCUAUAAGGUUCUGGUGAGGAAGACUCUGGACGAGAGCUGGGUCGUGUUCAGACGCUAUACUGACUUCUCCAGACUCAACGACAAGCUGAAGGAGAUGUUCCCUGGAUUCAGACUGUCUCUUCCUCCGAAGCGCUGGUUCAAAGACAACUAUGAGACCGACUUCUUGGAGGACAGACAGCUGGGCCUGCAGGCCUUCCUCCAGAACCUCGUGGCCCAUAAAGACAUCGCCAACUGUGUGGCGGUUCGGGAGUUCUUGUGUCUGGACGAUCCUCCCGGCCCGUUUGACAGUCUUGAGGAGAGUCGGGCGUUCUGUGAGACUCUAGAGGAGAGUAACUACAGGCUUCAGAAGGAGCUUCUUGAAAAACAGCGGGAGAUAAACUGCUUGAAGAAAACACUGGAGGAGAAAGAGCGGCACAUUCAAGCACUGGAAGGGCGAAUCAGCGGGGAGGUUCUGACUCCAGACAGUCCGUGUUGUGCGUCCGGCGCGGGCAGCGACAGCAGUGUGGACGUCGAGUCUUCUGCCGUUGAAGCCGAUCAGGAACUGCCCGAUGAAAACCAAUGUGCGCUCCAGUCGUCUCAGAGCUCCGUGUGUUGGUGCGGUCCGGCCGUCAUCAGCUCUUCUCCUCCUGUCAUUCAGGUCACUCAUCUCCAACACUGACCGUCUCUGCAUCGCUCCUCUCUUCUCGUACCGUGUUCUCGUGUGCGGCCGUGGACGGAGGAGGCGUCACGUGAUCUGUUCGCUCAGCCCAAAGACACACACGUCUCACCCGACGACAGCAGGCAGGAUCGCUCAGACAAUCAGCGCCACACUGUGGCUGGAGAAGCAUCUGUCUGUUCUCAGGGUCACGUCUGUUUUAUUCCCAGUUUUUGAGGUGUAAAUGAGCGACUCGCACACGUUUUCACAUCAGAUCAGUUCAGACGGUGAUGACGUCACUCCACAGAUCACAUGACCGGUUCUGUGGAUCUGAGGUCACGAUCGUGAAGUGCUGCUAGUGUGAGUUUUUAGUUUUAAGCCAUAUUUUCUGUCGUGUGUGUUGGUGUUGAUCACAGACGAGGCCUGAACUCCUGUCUGCGGUCUGUAGCAGGACACAUCGUGCACUUUACUGUCCUGAGGGAUUAUGGGAUAGAUGCUUCUACACUACUUGAUGAAAUCAUGUCCGAACACUACAGUAGAGCUGUGUGCCUUUCCACAAACACACACACGAGUUUCACUGAUGACACGGUGCCUUGCGUCUUUUCCCUCAGCAGAAUUUUAUGUAUUUAUAUGACAAACAUAUUAAAAUGUGCUUUCCGUUGCUUGGGUUCCAGGUGAUUUGUGAUCGAUUGGUUGAUUUAUCAGGUUUUUACUCAGCCAAAGCGUGGGAGAUGGGAGUCGGUAAGCAGAUGAAGUGAUUUAAACUCUAUUAAACUCUAUUGUCUUCACGUUUACAGCAAUAUCCCUAACGUUUGUAUUUGUCAUGUUUUGUUUAGUCCUCUGUUUCUUGAGCUGAUUGUUCUGACAGCAACUGUUAUGCAAAUACUCUAUGAUGUUCAGAGGAAUGGACAGAAAUAUUUUCGGUGGAGGAAUUUCCAAUGUUCUGACCAUUAGAAAUGUAAUAAAAUAGGCUUUAUUGUGAAACUUUCAGUGGAAAUACGAGGUGAAGUCUGUGUAUGUAGUUGAAGUUAAUCUUGUACUUCACUGUUUUCUGUUGAAGAUCAUCGAUCUGAAGCUGAGCUGUGAGUGAAUCAAACAUUUCAUUCAGUUUCACAAUAAACUUACACUAUAAAUACUGAA